AUGGAGAUCGUCAACCCUCUGCUCGCCAAUGCCCUGGGUGUCCUGAAGCAAGGAAGCACCGAGAUCGCCGAGAAAGAAUUUACCAAGGCGGUAUCUGCGUGCCUUACGGCGUUUGGAGAGACGGACAUCGUAACGGCGAGAACACUGGCGCAUCUUGCCCGAGUGUGUCGACUGCAGGGAAAAGUGGAUGUCGCGAUCCAAAUGUACGAGCGCAUAUUGCGCAUACACGAAGCUCUGCCGGAACCCUUGAACAGCGAUCAUGCCGUUGCUUUAGGCGAGCUAGCCGCAAUCCGCGAAGAAGGCGGUUCCCAAGGCAGUGCUGAUAUUCUCCGUCGCAGGGCCGAUGUGAUCAUGGUGGAGCUGGCUGCUCGAGCACAGACUGCAGAAUCUAGUGAAGACGGAAGCAACUCGGAUAGCGAAGAGGAAGAGGAGGAGGAGGAGGAGGAGGAGGAGGAGGGGGAUGGAAAUACAGUAGAACAACAGCACAAGUGUGAUGUACGGUAG